AAUUUUCACUUCGUUUCCUCGCGUCUUUCUUUUUCUUCUCUCUCUUCCGAGUCGUCCCUUCACUGGCUUAGCUCUCCCUGCCACCAAUCCCUCACCCAACAACACUCAGCACACUCCGCAAGGAAUCUUUUUCAACCUCCUCGAAGUUUUUCUUUAUUUUUCCCGCCAAAAGUCCGACACUCCUUUGUAGGAGGUCUCCUUCUUUUUACCUGUAGGUGGUGGGAAGGGUCAGAGUCUCGGACCAAUUAUCCUCGCUCUAAAAGAUCUGCUUGUCCAUCUGUCUCUGUCUCACUCUCUCACUCUCUUUUAUUAUAAGCGUACUCAAACGCCAUCCGCUCUCCGUGCUGAAUAUCUCGGAAAGGCAAGAGUUUCCCACUCCGUAAGGAGUAGUUAGAAUGACCUUUCUCUGCAGCACCAUAAUUCCACUGUCUUUUUUUCCCCCAUUUUUCACUUCCAUAAUUCCAUUUGCGCCUGGAGGCAUAGAAUCUCGGUCUCCUCCCUCUUUUCCCUAAUUUGUGAACUAAAGCCAUCACCUUUUUUCCACUCUAUUGCCUCUGUCCUACCUAAACUUAUCCUCCCCACCACCACUACCGAUUUUGUUUGAAGAUACGAUCACCCCCAUAAAGCUCUCUCCUUUACUUCGAUCACUGUGUGUGAUCGGAAAAGGAAAAGAAAAAGACCACCCACCCAAUUAAUUUAGGGUCGCAUGCGUUUUCGUCCUACGCCUGUUUGUCGGAUCUUCCAUCGUGAUUUUCUUAGACAAUUUCCAUGAUAAGCGCUGAUAAGAACAAUAAAUUCUAUCACUCCAUGACUUCUCAACCAACGCUUAAGCUCCUGAGGAUCAUCCAUACCGACCCCGACGCCACGGACUCCUCCAGCGACGAGGAAGAACAGAGGAUGGUACGAAGAGUUAAAAGACAUGUCCGAGAGGUCCGCUUCGAGCAACCAUCACUAACGAACUUCAAGCCGCAGAAACAAGAGCCUGCCAGAAAGAGAACGUUGAGAUCGACGAAAUCCGACACCACUCACCCGAAAAAGUUCAGAGGUGUUCGGCAGAGACCUUGGGGUCGCUGGGCUGCGGAGAUCAGAGACCCAGCCCGCCGCAAACGGGUGUGGCUCGGAACUUUUGACACGGCCGAAGAGGCUGCCUCAGUCUACGACAAAGCCGCAGUGGAGCUCAAGGGUCCUAACGCCGUCACGAACUUCCCUAACCCCGACAUGACGGACACUUCGGUUGGCGUUGACAGCCCCAAGGGGAGUUCAAGUUUUUCUGACGCGGAUGCCUCCUCACCGACUUCGGUCCUCCGUAACGACGAACCCACGCCGUUGGAGCGUUUCUGUUACGACAACGUCGAUGUCUUCGGGUUCGAUAUCGACGUCCCGUUGAUCUUUCCGGACUCAGUGCUCUUUGGGCAGCCGGAGGAAGAAGACGUCGGUGAGUUUGACGUCGACGUGUUCUUGGUGGACGGAAUUUGCUAAAAACUGAUGGAUACUUUAGUAUUCUUAGACCAACAAUUUUGGCCGGAACAGUGAUGUGGCACAGCUAAAUUGGUCAAAAUUCAGACAAGUCAACAAAGCUAAGCGGAAUGACGAAAGUACCCUCGUGUAUUUAUGAUAAGUGCGGGGAGUUGGCACGUAGAGUUUAUUCCCGUUUAGUACUUGAUACGGCGAUUUUGUCUCGUGUUAAUAAGUUUUUGUUGUGAAUGGUAUAUGAGUUGUAAUUGGGUAUAUUUUUUAAAAAGAAAAUUUGUAAGGAGAUAAGUAUUAAGUACGAAGAAGAGAGUGAAGAAGUACUUUGGGGGGAGAGAGAGAGAGAGAGAGAUUUGAAGGGCAGGAAGAGUUGAAAAGCUUGAUGGGAUUUUUGUCCUAACGAGAUUUGGAUAAUUUAAUAAUAUAAAAGAAAAAUAGAAUAAUAUAAAAAUGUUGGCAUGCCGUUGUUCA